AUGGCUGCCUCUCUCGGCUCUCAAGGACGAAAGAGGCCGGCAGUGGCCGAGGCAGUGGUGGCGGCUCGGGCGGGGAAGCGGGCCCGGGGGCUCGGGCGGCGGCGGCUUGUGGCGCAUCUCGACGUCGACUGCUUCUACGCGCAGAGCGAGGAGAUCGCCGACCCGGCGCUCGUCGGCAAGCCGGUAGGCGUCAAGCAAAAGUAUUUGCUGGUGACGUGCAACUAUGUGGCGCGGAGCAUGGGCGUGGCCAAGAUGUCCAAGGUCGCCGAUGCGCUGCGCAUCUGCCCCACGCUCCACGUUGUCAACGGGGAGGAUCUGACCCGCUAUCGAGAGGCAUCUGCUGCGAUCUGCGCCGCACUGCGGACUGCGCUCGACAGCGUGGCUGCGCGGCUUGGUCUCGCCCGCGUGCCGGUCGAGAAGCUUGUCCUCGACGAGCUGUACAUGGAUCUCUCAAGCGUGGUUGCCGGCCUCGAGGCCGCGCCGCAGGUGGCGACAUCAGUGCUGGCAGCCGGUGCUGCCGUCGAGGCCGUCCAUGUCCUGGGACCGGGGCCUGGAGGGUGUGGAUGGGUCGCGCUUGAGUCUUGCGAUCGGUCGCUGGCGCUGGCUGCGGCGGUGCUGGCGAUGGCGCGGGCGGACAUCAAGGCCGCGACCGGCUUCACUACCUCGGGCGGCGUGGGCAGCUCCAAGCUCGCGGCCAAGCUUGCAUCGCAGGCGCACAAGCCGGCGCAGCUGUCGGCCAUGGGCGACGCCGCCCUGGUUCACUCCGUGACCGGCAUUGGGUACGCCACCCGCAAGAUGCUCCGCUCCGAACUCUCAGUCGAGACCGUGGCCGAGCUGCGCAAGUUUGACGCAGCGUUUCUAGCGCGGUUUUUUGGCGAGGCCAAGGCACGGUGGCUGUACCAAGUGGCGCGCGGCGUCGACAACGACCCGGUCGUCGACACCGUUGCCGGCGAUGGCGGCGGGGGCGGAAACGGCGUGCCGCGGCCCAAGUCGAUGUCGGUCGAGGACUCAUUUCGCGGGUGCUCCGACUGGGCCAACGUCUCGACACGCCUGCAUCUGCUUGCCGGCGAUCUCGCAGCGCGGAUGGUGGCUGACGCUGCAGCCUUCUCCCGCCGCGCCUGCAAGAUGCGGGUCUCGUUCCGGUCCGCGGGCACCCGGCGAAGCGCAUCCAAGACGAGCGCGCUGCCGACCGAGCUCGGCGCCAUGUACACGUUUCCAGUGCGUGACGACAACGGCAGCCCGCUGACGGGCGCCUCGUCUGCGCUUGAGGUCUACGCCGCCGUCAUCGCUCGCCACGGUGUCAAGCUCGUCAAGCGCGCCAUCGGCUCUGGCUCGUUUGCCCUCACCCUCCUCGGCCUCACCGUCCUCGACUUUGAGCCGCUCUCUGCGACGCCAAGCCGGGCGCUCACAUCAUUUCUCGCACCACCAAUGCCAAGCGCCGAGCCGCCGGCUCCAUCCGUGCGCGCCAAGGCCGUCCAUUUCAAGGGGCAAGCCCGGCUACUGCCUCCACCUGCGGCGCCGUGCUCACCACCGCGAGCAAAAGCAGGCGCUGCCGCAGUUCCAAAGCCGCUUGCCCACUCGCCGCCGCUGCGAUCCCGCCCGCGCCUCCUCACAUCGUUUGCAGCGCACCUCCCGUCCCGUCCCGCGCCCGAACUGGCCCUCGCCCCCGCCCCCGCCCUUGCCUCCGACCCCGCCACCAAGUCCAGCGCUGACCCUCGCGAUCGCUCCAUUGGGCCCAUCCGCUGCCCAGACUGCAAACGCGCGGUCGCCGUAGCUGACGUCGCCGCUCAUGCCGCCAUGCACGAGCGCAAAGCCAAGGCCACCCUCGACGGAUUCUUCUGCAAGCCCACAUAA